AUGGAACUUCAAAUAAUCAAGUUUAAAACUAAUUCAUUAGAGCUCCCUAGUAAAACAAUCAGUCAAAUUAUCUCUAGAAUUAGUAGCUAUUACCUUAAUCCUUAAUAGUAGUAGUUUCAUUAACAAAACCUAACCAACAAUGUGAAUUCUGCAAACAAUAAAAACCUAGGCAUAUCUUCAAGUCAUUCAGGUAUCUCCUAAUAUGCUCCUCAUUCUCUAAACUAUUAACUUAAGUUAUCAAUCAAAGAUUUAAAACAGCUUAAAGAAGAUAUUAACAAUCGAAUCUCUGAAAAUUAAAUAUAAAACUGCAUUGUUCAAAUUCAGAAGUCACUUGAAUAGGCUGCAUAGCACAUUUAAUUGCAAAUUUACCCAAGAACUUAGAGUUUUAUGAAUAAUCACAUGGUCAUACUUCACAGAGAACAAUAAAGAGUAAGAGACCAUGAGUAUUAAGAAAUCAAUUUUAAUCUUAGUAAGGCACUUAAAGACGGAGAUUAUAUCCUCGGACAACAAGAUAAUUAGUAGAAGGAAAAAAAAGUUGUUGAGUUGCAUACACUUCAUCAAGAGACUCUUGGUAUAAUUGAAGAUUAGGAGCCACUAGAAGUUGAUUUUGACUUUGAAGGAUUUCAAGAGGAUUUGAAUUAUCUACUAGAUAAGUAUCUAAAAGUGAAAAUUAAGAAUCAAUCUUUCUAAUUAAAGUCAGAUUAAAAUCAAGGUUAAAAUAGUGAUAAUCGCUCUAAUAAAUUUAUGAGUACCAACAGAUCAGGAGCUGGAAGUUAAAUGAAGUUGCACAGAGACAAUUCAAACAUUAGAAUAAGAGAUCCAAACCAAAAGAGUCUCUCUCCAAUUAGCAGAAACAGCAACAACACUAGAGUGAUAUCUUACCAGAAUUAAAAUGAAGACAAUCAAAUUAAUUAGCAAUUUUAUCAGGAAUUUGAGAAUAGUUUUGAUAGAGAGUAAAAUAACUAUAGCUAAGGGGAGUAAAAUUACAACCAAAAUCAGCAUAUUAACUACAAUUAGAACUCAUAAUAAUCAAUUGAUCAAGAAGACAAUAGAUGGAAAUAUCAGUCUAUAGACAAUCAAACAAAUGAUUAAUUAGAUUAGUCAAGAGAGAUAUAGGAUAGAGGUAGUCCGGAGUAACUUUCUCAUGUGCAUCACAUUUAGCAGGCUCAUAGAUUGUCUUAGCAAAACAGGAUGAAUCAGAUAUAGCAGUAAUAAUAGCAACCAAAACCAUUAUCACCAGUCAUAAGGGAAAGAAAGUCGCUCAUAGAUGAACAGGGCAACUCAUUUUAUGGAGAAAUGAUUAAUGGCAUUGUAAAAGAUGGAAAAGGAGAAAUCAGAUAUGCUAAUGAUGGUUCUCAUUACAGAGGUGAUUUCAAAAACAAUCUUAGAGAGGGUAGAGGGGAGCAUGUCCUAACUAAUGGUGACAAAUAUAGCGGAGAAUGGGCAGGGGAUAUGAAGCAUGGCUAUGGAAAGAUGGAAUUUGUAUCAACAAGGACAGUUUAUUAUGGACAGUGGGCUUGCGGAAGAAUGCAUGGAAUGGGCACAAUGACUGGUCCAAACAACUACUUUUACAAUGGAGAAUGGAAAUAAGGCUAGUAAUUUGGGAAGGGAAUCAGAAAGUAUGAAGAUAAAACUACAUAUGAAGGUUACUUUGAAAAUGGAUAAAGAUAAGGAAUAGGAAAAAGCGUGCUUAAGGAUGGAAGCAUUCAUGAGGGUGCUUACAAGAAUGAUAUGAGGAAUGGACCAGGCACUCUUACCUACACUGAUGGAACUAUAUUAAGGGCUUCUUGGGUGAAUGAUGUUAUUCAGGGAAGAGGAGAACUCGAAAAAGCCAAUGGAAAAUUGAUUAUAGGUGAGUGGAAAGACAAUAAUUUAGUCAAAGUCAUUUAAGAAUAAUGA